AUGAUAACAUUAUUGGCUCCACCAGGUGCCAUUCAAUCCCAAAUUCAUGCAACACCGUGUGUUUCACUUCAAUCCCAUUUCAUCCCACCAUUGCCCAUCACCAUAAGUCGAAACAAUUGUCCUAAGAAUAAGAAGUUUUCGCUUUCUGCUCCUAUAGCUAUUAAAUGUUCUUCAUCUUCCCACAAACUGGUCCGUGAUCCGAGGUUGGACAAGCAUGUUGUAAAGCAAAACAAGAUACGGUUUGUUCAAAAGCUAAAGACUCUCCUCCUUUCCAAGCCUAAACACUUUAUGCCCAUCCAAAUUCUCUACAAAUGCCGUGCCUACUUGUCUUUGCCUAGUCCACGUUCUAUCAUAUCGAUGAUCCGUCGUUACCCCACCAUUUUCGAGCUCUUCUCAGUCCCGACUCCUCCUACACCGUUCAAUGCCACUGGACCAUUAUCCCAGCUCUGUGUUCGCCUUACCCCAGCUGCAACAGCUCUUGCAAAAAAGGAAAUCAAUCUUAAGAAACGUAUGUCCAUUUCUUUGGCUGAAAAGCUGCAAAAGCUUCUAAUGCUCGCCUCACCACACAACAGGCUUUUAUUGUCUAAGCUUGUCCAUUUGGCUCCUGACCUUGGCAUGCCUGUUAAUUUCCGUUCUCGCCUUUGUAACGAUCAUCCAGAUAAAUUUAAGGUCGUGGAUACUUCUUAUGGACGUGCACUUGAGCUUGUUUAUUGGGAUAAUGAACUGGCUAAUUGUUUACCCUCGAGUGAUGAGGUAAAGGCUCUUGGAUUGAUAGUAGACAGGCCAUUGAAAUUUAAGCAUUUAAGACUUCGUAAGGGACUUAACAUCAAGAGGCGUCAUCAUGAUUAUCUUAUAAAGUUCAAUGAAAUCCCGUAUGUGUGUCCGUACAAGUCUAAAGCGGGAGAUUUUUUAAAAGAGUCCAUCGAAGCCGAGAAGCGGGCUUGUGCUUUGGUGAGGGAAGUAUUGGGAAUGACAGUCGAGAAGAGAACGUUGGUGGACCAUUUGACGCAUUUCAGGAAGGAGUUUGGAUUGCCGAAUAAGUUAAGAGGAAUGCUAGUGAGGCACCCCGAGUUGUUUUACGUGAGCUUAAAGGGGCUAAGGGACUCUGUCUUUCUGGUGGAGGGAUAUGAUGAUAAGGGAGCACUUUUGGAGAAGGAUGAAAUAUUAGCUAUAAAAUAUCAGCUGAUGGAGCUAGUUAGUGAAGGGAAGAAAAUGAGAAGAGAGAAGAGAAAGGAGUAUCUUUCAGUUGAUGUCUCGAAAAGUGAUGCUAGUCAAUUGGACGAUGAAGCCGAUGAUGACAAAUAUGAUGAUUACAAUGAUGGUUUAGAUGAUCUAUUCCAAUUUGAAGAUUUCAGUUCCGAGGAUGAUUUAGAUGAUAAUGACAGUCAAGAGAUAAUAGGGUGGAACAAGAAAGGUGAGUUUUGGACAGCUGAGACAGCUUUUAUUCUAGAAAAUGAGACUGGCUUAGGUUCCGAACCUUGGCAAGGAUACGGGAGAUUUCCCGAGGCAUUUGCUGGGAAUCCGGAGUUGUGUGCGGAAAUAUCUAGGGAUGGCUAUAGGAGACAAAGUGUUCCAGUAGUGGCAGUUGGAAAGAGGUUCCGACAAGAUAUGGAAGAUGGACAUAUUUUAGUUCGGAAGCCACAAUAUUCGGAAAGUGGGCUGUGCGGCAGUGGUGAUAAGCAAUCCAAGAAGGUGAAGGUUUUCUACGUCCUUCAAGAUUAUAUCCAGUCUCGGGAAAAAGAUCUUGAAUUUGUCGUACAGUUCUCUCUCAGGCAUGGAUACGGGAGAUUUCCCGAGGCAUUUGCUGGGAAUCCAGAGUUGUGUGUGGAAAUAUCUAGGGAUGGCUAUAGGAGACAAAGUGUUCCAGUAGUGGCAGUUGGAAAGAGGUUCGCACGAGAUAUGGAAGAUGGACAUAUUUUAGUUCGGGUUGAGGAGUUGGCUUAUCGUAUUAAAGACAACCUUCCUUGCAAGCACCUUGUUCUGUCUAUGGAAGAGGCGCUGAUCAAUUUCCUUUAG